AUCCAUCCCCAUGCAUCCCCUCUUUUUUAACCUCAAGAACCUACACUUCCGUUAUCUCACACUAACGCCGGCUACUCCACCGGGUCUGCCCUCACGUGCAUACCACGUGUCCUGCAUUCUAAUCAACUCCGUCAACUAACGGCUUCAUUAUGCACUAUACAAAGUUAUUACAACCUCUAACAAACUACAUCUGUUCUUAAACUUCUAACAGAAUUUUAAAGAAAAACGAUGUCAUCUAUUCUUUUCCGGACCGGUUCUGGGACGGUUAACCGGUCUAUAUCGCCUGGUUCUGUCCCACUACGACACGGUUCCUUUUCUAGUUGUGAGAAGUUUGAGUUUUCGCCUUUGAAGGUGACCAAUCUACGCAGACUCAACAGAGCUAUAUCGGAGCCUAAAACUAUUUCUAGAUUAAUGUCAAUAAAUACCGGAUCACAGACAUUUCCUGAAAUGUUAUCCGAGGUGGAUGAGGAGUUGUUGCAGGAUGAUUAUUCUUUUGGAUCGUUGAAGUUAGCAGAGAAAUGUUUUGAUCGGAUGGUUGGGAUUUCGGCUGGUGGAAUCGCAGCCAAGGAGGCGCAGUUUAGUGGAGUUGGUAGUGGAAGCGGACGAGGUCACGAUGGUUUUGGUUCAGGGCGAUUUUCGGGUGGAAGUAACAAUAAGAACGAAGGGAAGAAAAUUGGCGCGCGUUAUAGGAAACUGUUGGAGUCGAACCCUAACGAUCCUCUUCUUCUUAGAAAUUAUGGCAAAUUCUUACAUGAGGUAGAAGGAGACAUUGUUAAAGCAGAGGAGUAUUACGGAAGAGCAAUACUAGCGAGUCCUGGAGACGGGGAGCUUCUAUCGUUGUACGGCAAAUUAAUUUGGGAAGUACAUGGAGAUGGAGAGAGAGCACAAUUUUACUUAGAUCAGGCCGUUAGCGCCUCUCCUGAUGAUUGUAUGGUGAUGGGAUCAUACGCGCAAUUUAUGUGGGAAGUAGAAGAAGAUGAAGACAUUGAAGAAGAAUCCGGAUCUAAGGUGUUGGUUCCUGCAGCGAAAGCGAUAUGAUGGUUGCAGCUUUGCAAAUUUGGAUCGAGCUUAUUUCGGAUCAUCUCUGUAGGAUGGAUUGACUAUUGAGGAAUAGUUGGUAAUGAUGUUUAAUUAUGUGAAGCAAAGUACCUAGAUUAACAAGUAAUAAAUUGGAAUGAUCAUCUAACAUGAUAUAUAGCUCAAGAUGAUGUUCCUAGCUUGAGAGAUUUGAAAGCGUCUUCUAUUUUAAAUUUGCUUGUACAUAAUGGGAGGGUUAUGACUUAUGGCCAAUCUGUUUAAUAAAAUCAGA